UGCCUCGGCUUCCGUAGCCCCGCCUUCCUACUAGGAAAGAGUUCCGGCAUGAAGCCACCGCAGAGGCGGCGGAAGGUCCCAGCACGCUACAUAGGUGAAGCUACCGGCCCCACAGCUUGGAGCCCCCGCGAGAUGCGGCAUCUACUGAGACUACUUCAGGCUCGGCGGGGCCAGCCGGAGCCAGACCCCGCGGAGCUGGCCGAGGAGCUGCGAGGCCGGAGCGAGGCCGAGAUCUGCCGCUUUAUCCAGCAGCUCAAAGGCCGGGUGGUCCGAGAAGCCAUUCGGAAGGUGCGGCCCGGUGGGAGAGAGGGUCCAAGGCACCAAGAAACUCAGCUCCCAGCCCCCAUAGAGGUGUGGAUGGACCUUGCUGAGAAGCUAACAGGUCCACUGGAGGAAGCCCUGGCCGCAGCUUUCUCCCAGGUGCUCACUAUUGCUGCUGCAGAACCUCUCAGCCUCCUGCACUCCAGGCCAGGCAAGCCCACAAAGGCCUGUGGAAAGGCACUGGUGUUCUUGAGAACCCAAGAUGGACAGAAGGAUCCUGCCCCUGAAGGUUCUGGGCCUGUCCCUAUGAGUGCUGCUGACCCCACUCGUGAGGCUUCUGCCCCUGACCCUAAUGCCUCUGGUACCAACCCUGAGACCUGUGGCCUUGCCUCAGCAGUCACUGUCCCUGUCCCUGAGGCCUCAACCAAGUCCCUGGCUGGCUCCUCCACAGAGAGAGACUUUGCCGUGGACUUUGAGAAGAUCUACAAAUACCUCUCCUUCUCCUCCAGGGGUGGCCAUCGCCCUGAGCUCUCCGCAGCUGAGUCAGCUGUGGUCCUCAACCUGCUCAUGUCACUUCCAGAGGAACUGUCCCACCUGCCUUGCACAGCCCUGGCGGAACAUAUGACCAAAACAUAUGCUCAACUGAUGGCUCCCCAGACCUCUGUCCCUGGAGAAAGGCCCAGGCCUGGGACUGAAGACGGAGGGCCUGGCUCCACUGGGCCAGCGGAGGCACACCAAGCUAGUCCUCAGACUUCUGAGCCCAUAGAACCGAGGCUGACCUGGAAAGACAUUGGGGUCUGCCCGCUGAACCCAUUCCUGGUACCCCUGGACCUCUUGAGCCAGGUCCCCAGCCCUGCGAGGUGAAGCGUACAGCAGAUGAGAUAUACUGAUGUCAGCCCAGAAUGACAGUCCGGCACCACUGGUGCUGGUGCUCAGGAACAUGACUGCGGACUUCCUGACACAGCGUCCAGCCAUAGGCUAAGCCUUCAGAUGCUGCAUACACCAGCAGCCUCAGAAAGUGAGACACAGUUGUAAUGAAUGGGGAUUUAAUGGGGGCUGGAGAGGUGGAAGACUCUGCACAAAGGCAGAGUUCCUGGACUGGUAGACUGGGGCAAGUGUCCCUAGCCCACUGUGCCUUGUUGUCAGCCAUAAUAGCACCACAUCAUCAUCCCUUUGUGUAUGGUGAUCGCAUUUAGAUCUCCCCAGCACGCCCUCCCCCACCUCAGCUGAACACUGUAAGGUCUUCACCCUUUCCUGGGGUGUCUUGUAACCCUCAAUAAAGCUAUCAUCUAACCAGC